AUGGAUGUCCAGGCACUAAGAAAGGAAAGGGAGACACACAUCAAGGAGAGGGAUGCUCUUGUUGAUGAAAUGGACUCCUUCAUUGCCUCUCACAUUGGGGAAAUAAGAGAGGCCCUCACAGCCUGCGAGCCUGUAGUAGACAAGAUUUCUCGAGAGGACCUUCUGGCGUUUGUCUCUUGCAGAAUAUCCAGGCUCGUCUCUCUGGCAAGGGAAAAGAAGAUAGAGAUGUUUAGCAGACUAGCUGAGAAGGAGAUAGAUUGUGAGUGCCUGGAUGGCCUCCUAGCUGCAGAAUAUUGCUACGGAAGAGUUUUAGGCGAUGGCUCCAAAGAGCUUUCUACACUAGACACAGAUGUCUAUUUCGAUAUAAAUAGCGGAGAGAUCGACAUAAAGAGCAACGGAGUCCAAAGAGUUGCAGUUGGUGCAGACGAGCGUCUGUGUGAGCCGCUGGACAGGCUGUUUUCGGAGAAAUUCCAUGCAAGGAUCAAUGGAAGGAUGAUGUGGUCAUACAUUCUUGGCGUGAAGCUAGAGAUGGGUCUGGAGAUACUCCAAGGCCUCUACGGGAAUUCGGAGGAGGACCUGGUGAAGCUAACAUCAUACAAGCAUUACAGGGAGAAGGGACUUCCUGUUCUUAUUUCUAACGAUGAUAUGGCAAGAGGUCUCUUGGAAGAUGUAAAGGCAAGAGUCGAAGAGGAGGUAAACAAGAUAGUUGGGAUGGGGUUUUCGGACAGAGGAAAGGCAUCUCUUGUCAACUACCUGCUUGUGAUGUUCAGUGGCGUUGCUUCUGACGUUGAUCUAAGCUACUUCGAUGGCAAAAAAGAAUCGUACAUAUUGGACUGGAGGCGGCUCAGAAGUGAUGGUUUUAUUCAAAGUACAGAUGCAGGCUGA